AUGGCGGUCCUUGAAAAUGCAGAAGGUGCAAGGACAACCCCAUCAGUUGUAGCAUUUACAGCUGAUGGAGAAAGACUGGCGGGGAUGCCAGCCAAAAGGCAAGCUGUCACUAACCCAAACAACACGCUUUACGCUACCAAACGGCUGAUCGGGAGACGCUACGAUGACCCUGAAGUUCAGAAGGAUUUGAAGAAUGUUCCAUAUAAAAUAGUGCGUGCAUCCAAUGGUGAUGCCUGGAUAGAAGCCCAUGGAAAGCUUUACUCUCCUAGCCAGAUUGGUGCUUUUAUCCUUAUGAAAAUGAAAGAGACUUCAGAAAACUAUUUGGGCCAGAUGGUGAAGAAUGCUGUUGUGACUGUACCAGCCUAUUUCAAUGAUUCUCAGAGACAGGCAACCAAGGAUGCUGGCCAAAUUGCAGGUCUAAAUGUGCUCAGAGUCAUUAAUGAGCCUACAGCAGCUGCUCUGGCAUAUGGACUGGACAAGACUCAGGACAAGAUUAUUGCCGUGUAUGACCUUGGUGGGGGCACAUUUGAUAUCUCGGUUUUGGAGAUUCAGAAGGGAGUUUUUGAAGUGAAAUCUACCAAUGGUGACACAUUCUUGGGUGGAGAAGAUUUUGAUCAGCACCUGCUUCAGCAUAUAGUAAAAGAGUUCAAGAGAGAGUCGGGUGUGGAUCUGACCAAAGAUAACAUGGCAUUGCAAAGAGUAAGAGAGGCAGCUGAGAAGGCCAAAUGUGAGCUUUCUUCUUCUCUGCAGACUGACAUCAAUCUGCCCUAUUUAACCAUGGACAGCUCUGGUCCCAAACACUUGAACAUGAAGCUUACCCGUGCCCAGUUUGAGGGCAUUGUGGCAGAUCUAAUUCGCAGAACUGUGGCCCCAUGUCAGAAGGCCAUGCAAGAUGCAGAAGUUUCUAAAAGUGACAUUGGCGAGGUGCUUUUAGUAGGUGGAAUGACUCGAAUGCCCAAGGUUCAGCAGACAGUGCAGGAUCUGUUUGGCCGUGCUCCAAGUAAAUCUGUAAAUCCUGAUGAAGCUGUGGCUAUUGGGGCAGCAAUUCAAGGUGGUGUAUUAGCUGGGGAUGUGACUGAUGUGCUCCUGCUGGAUGUGUCCCCACUUUCUUUGGGAAUUGAGACUCUGGGAGGCGUUUUCACCAAACUUAUUAAUCGGAAUACAACCAUUCCCACUAAGAAAAGCCAGGUAUUCUCUACUGCAGCAGAUGGUCAAACUCAAGUGGAAAUUAAAGUGUGCCAGGGUGAGCGUGAAAUGGCAGCAGAUAACAAGCUUCUUGGACAGUUUACUUUGGUUGGCAUCCCUCCUGCUCCACGUGGUGUCCCACAGAUUGAGGUUACCUUUGAUAUUGAUGCUAAUGGAAUUGUGCAUGUUUCUGCUAAAGACAAAGGCACUGGACGUGAACAGCAAAUUGUCAUCCAAUCAUCUGGUGGCCUCAGUAAGGAUGAUAUUGAAAAUAUGAUCAAGAAUGCUGAAAAGUAUGCUGAGGAAGACAGGAAAAGAAAGGACCGAGUUGAGGCUGUAAACAUGGCUGAGGGCAUUGUCCACGAUACUGAGUCAAAGAUAGAGGAGUUCAAGGACCAACUUCCCGCUGAGGAGUGCAACAAGCUUCGAAAUGAAAUUUCUAAUGUGCAAGAUCUACUGUCUCGGAAAGAUGCAGAAAAUGGAGAAAGCAUCAGACAGGCUGCCACGAAUCUGCAGCAAGCGUCUCUGAAGCUUUUUGAGAUGGCUUACAAAAAGAUGGCGUCAGAGAGAGAAGGCAGCAGCAACAGUUCAAGUGGAACGGACACAGGAGAGAAAAAAGAAGGACAACAGUAAAGCUUUCACGCUUUCGCUUGUAAUUGGACUACAGUUUUCGGGAAUAAUACAUGUCUUAAGGAAUAGUAAUUUUUUUAAUUUUGUCACAGGAAUUCACAGUACAUUUCUUUUGUUGUAUACAUCAAUUAAAAAUGUCUGAGUUAACAUUAA